UUUACUUCUGGAGGCAUGCUCAGUCUGCAAAAACUAAUUUCGCCACCAGUUACUCGAAUUUUGGCGCAAUCCGCUAAAAUGAGUUCGGUCCCAAUGAGUAAAUUUGACGAUCGGCAUAUUGACUACGACAAACUUCUGCAUAAUCUGGCGUCAGCUAAGCAAACCUUGAAUCGGCCGCUUACACUGACAGAAAAAGUUUUGUACAGCCAUCUCGCUGACCCGAAAACCAAGGAUAUUGUCCGGGGCUCUAGCUACCUUAAUUUAAAUCCUGACCGUGUAGCAAUGCAGGAUGCAACGGCACAAAUGGCCAUCCUACAGUUCAUAUCUAGUGGAUUGCCUCGAGUUGCUGUUCCAUCGACCGUCCACUGUGACCACCUGAUAGUCGCUUUAAAAGGUGGAUCGGAGGACUUGGCAGCAGCGGAAGUGUCGAAUAAGGAAGUUUACGACUUCCUUUCCUCUGCCUCGGCAAAAUACGGAAUCGGUUUCUGGAAGCCGGGUGGGCUAUUUUUCAUGACAAUGUUCAAACAGAUUACCACAAUCCAUAUAAUACUUGAAAACUACGCUUAUCCAGGCGUCCUGUUGAUUGGUACAGACAGUCAUACCCCCAACGGUGGUGGUCUAGGCGGUCUAUGCAUUGGUGUCGGUGGGGCCGAUGCCGUCGAUGUCAUGGCUGGUCUGCCCUGGGAGCUCAAGUGUCCUAAGGUCAUUGGCGUUGAGCUAACUGGCAAGAUGUCCGGAUGGACAAGUCCGAAGGAUAUAAUUUUAAAGGACACGCUGCUUUCGCCUGAUCACGGUUGCAAGUAUGACCAGCUCAUCAAGAUUGACCUAAACACGCUGGAACCACACGUCAACGGGCCGUACACACCAGACUUGGCGCAUCCCAUCUCACAGGCAGGUUCAUUCUUCCACUUUAUAACUGCAUGUUCUAGCUUUUACCUUCGAAACGUUUGUUUUUGCCAAUUAACCGCAUCAUAA